AAGGUAUCAUGAAACCAGUUGACCCUGCUGUGAGAAAAUUAAUAUACACUGGCUCGAAUAAAGACGGCAGAAUGAACUACUUGAAAAAACGAGUAGAACUGAUUCCCGAACGGAGAUUCUACUUUACUGAAGUGAGUAGCUGGGAAUAUGGUUGGAACAUGUGGGAUUCUGCCAAAGAUAUGAGAAAAACAGGAUUUGGUAGACAACAGGUUAUCAAAGACUCAUUUUAUAGAAGAAGGGGUGUGGGCAAUGACCCGGAGUGGUACAAAGAACCCGCUGUUUUCAGCCCAUCGAUAUGCAGUUGUAGUUGAAUGUCUCAUGGAAAUGAAAUUAAAAAAUGUUCAAGAAGGAAAAACGGUACAACAGAAAUCAGUCCGAUAACAAAAAGAACAAUUUUAAUAAUGAUUUAUGAAUUUCUAUGGGAACUAUGUUGGGCAAAAUUAUAAAAAACUAGUUUCAAUGAUGAAUUAAAUAAAGAGAGCCCAUGAAUACUAUUAUUGUACCUGAAAAUUAUGAAUGAAAUGUAUCAGUUUAUUCAUA